AUGGCACACCAGAGAUCACGCAGGAAGUCUGUGGGAGAACUGGGAGCUGAGCUCUGGUCAUUCAAGUCCGAGGAGCUCAAGCCACCAACAGGCCACAGGCCUGGGAAACACUUACUGGAGCACUUUGUCCCCACAGAUGCCGAGUGGACUGAGAAGGUGGGAAAGGCUGCUGGGCUUCUGAGGAGCUGGCAGGCUUCUCCCUGGUCCCUACACUAUAACCUCCUGCAUCGUGCUGAGCCUCGCAAAGGUAAGAGGCCACCUCCACACAGGCAUGUCAGUGACAAGGGGACAGGUGAAACAGGUCGAGGUCAGCAUGAGGAGAGUGGCCUGACAUGGAGAGGGGGUCCAGACGUCUACAAGGCUCGCUGCCCGGCCCGUGUCCUCCGGGGCUUGCGGCGGCCGCUGCGCCUGAGGAGCGAGGUGGUGGUGGUGAACACCGACUGCCCGCGGCCCCCCGUCAGCCUCGACCCCCGCGUCUCCAUCUACAGCCUCCGCAAGCCCCUGCUGAGCCGCAGCAGUGUCCAGGGCAGGGUCUACAACUUCUUGGAGCGGCCCACGGGCUGGAAGUGCUUCGUGUACCACUUCACCGUCUUCCUUAUUGUGCUGAUAUGCCUUAUCUUCAGCGUGCUUUCUACAAUUGAACAGUAUGCAGCUCUUGCUACAGGGACGUUAUUUUGGAUGGAAAUUGUAUUAGUGGUAUUCUUUGGAACAGAGUAUGUGGUUCGGUUAUGGUCAGCAGGAUGCCGCAGUAAAUACGUUGGAAUAUGGGGAAGGCUUCGUUUUGCUAGGAAGCCUAUUUCAAUCAUUGAUUUAAUUGUAGUUGUCGCUUCCAUGAUAGUUCUUUGUGUGGGCUCUAAAGGUCAAGUCUUUGCAACCUCAGCUAUCAGGGGCAUCCGUUUUCUGCAGAUUUUACGAAUGCUGCAUGUUGACCGUCAGGGUGGUACAUGGAGGCUGCUGGGAUCAGUAGUGUUCAUACACAGACAAGAACUGAUAACUACACUCUACAUUGGAUUUCUGGGCCUGAUUUUUUCCUCUUAUUUUGUGUACCUCGCUGAAAAAGAUGCAGUAAAUGAUUCUGGAGAAACAGAGUUUGGCAGCUAUGCAGAUGCCCUGUGGUGGGGAGUAGUGACUGUCACAACUAUUGGCUAUGGGGAUAAAGUGCCUCAGACCUGGAUAGGAAAGACCAUUGCAUCUUGUUUUUCAGUAUUCGCGAUUUCAUUUUUUGCACUACCUGCGGGAAUUCUUGGUUCAGGCUUUGCCCUAAAGGUACAACAGAAACAAAGACAGAAGCAUUUCAACCGUCAAAUUCCAGCUGCUGCCUCUCUCAUACAGACUGCAUGGAGGUGCUAUGCAGCAGAAAACCCAGACUCUUCUACAUGGAAAAUAUACAUUCGAAAACCUGCCAGAAAUUAUCAUUUGCUGUCACCCAGUCCAAAACCGAAGAAAUCAGUGAUGGUUAAAAAGAAGAAAUUUAAGUUAGACAAGGACAAUGGGCCUUCUUCUCCAGAUAGGAUGUUAACUGUUCCACACAUCACUUACGACCAUGUGACAGAGGACAGGAAACCCGAUUUCAGUUUUGAAGCAUAUGAAAAUUCUGGACAAACAGGAAUGUUAAAAUUGCUUGAUUGUCAGCGCUCCUGGCCAUCCUUUUCCGCAGACCAGCAGUCUUCCAGUGCUCCUUCCUCUCCAGUGAAAAAAAGCCCGACAUUUUUAGAUGUGAACACAGGACCCUUCAUCAGGACCAACAGCUUUGCCGAUGAGCUUGACCUGGAGGGUGAGACACUGUUGACCCCAAUAACUCACAUCUCACAGCUGCGAGAACACCACCGCGCUGCAAUUAAGGUGAUUCGUAGGAUGCAGUAUUUUGUGGCCAAGAAAAAGUUUCAGCAAGCUAGAAAGCCCUAUGAUGUCCGAGAUGUUAUUGAGCAGUAUUCGCAGGGUCACCUCAACCUGAUGGUGCGAAUCAAGGAGUUACAGAGGAGGUUAGACCAAUCCAUAGGGAAACCAUCUCUUUUUAUCUCUGUCUCAGAAAAAAGCAAAGAUCGAGGGAAUAACACAAUUGGUGCCAGGCUGAACAGAGUGGAGGACAAGGUUACACAAAUGGACCAGAAACUGAACCUCAUUACAGAUAUGCUACAUCAUCUGGUUUCCCAUCAGCAGGGGGAUCAAGGGAACAACAGAUCAUCUCAGAGAGGCAACAACGUCAAUUCGGAUCUUUUCCUCCCUAAUAACACCCUGCCGACCUACGAGCAACUGACAGUACCGAGAAGAAAUGAAGAUGAUAUAUCCUGA